AUUUCCUCACUUCCAAUAGAUGGCGCUCUUCUGAUCAACUGCUAUUUCUGGAGAAUCACUGAGGAAGUGGACAGAUGCCAGAAACAGAAAUAGUAAACAUGAAAGUGAGAAGCAGACUGUAGCGCGACGCUGUCUGUGUAACGUUAGUGUUCAGCGGCCCUCUGAGAUCGGAUCCGUGUGUUUAUUCGCGUCUGACGGCGGACAGUCGAGACCGGACGGGCGAGAUCAGCGAGAAGAAGAUCAUGUACAACAGCAGCGGCAGCACACUGUCCUCUUCCUCCUCCUCCUCUGAGGCUGGAGACAUGAAAAGUGCAGUGUUCAGCCCGGGCGAGCCGCUCAGACAGCCGCGCACGACUCCUCCGGUGUCCGACGGCGGCGCAGAGAGCAGAUCCCCCAUUCCUUCAGGACACAAUAGCAGCAGUGCUGCAGAUGCACUUGUGAAAAACUCUAAACUGUCUGCCGCAGCACCUGAGUUUUUCCCGGGCAAUUAUGCAUCGUUCCAGGAUGACGUGUAUUCCGAUGGAUCUGAAGAGUACUACCCUGAGACCUCACUGGCUGAUUUUGUUCAGGAUUUCGUAAGCCAUCUGAACUCGUCUCCGGGGUCCUUCGAGUCAGAAAUCGAUUACAUCACGGAUAUGCUGAACAGCUGCGUCACUACAGAGGAGAUUCUGCAGGAGCUGGUAGAGCUCAUCUAUGUACAGUCCACGUCUAUCCCUAACUUCGCCUACACGGGUGCACGGCUCUGUAACCAUCUGUCUUAUCACAUCCGUCUCAGUCCAGCCAGCGGUAACUUCAGACAGCUGCUGCUGCAGAGGUGUCAAAACCAGUUUGAGCAGAGGGAGCAGGCCGUGAGAGGAGAUCCAGAGACCCAGAAAAGGUUUCACUAUUAUGUGCUGUUUCUGGGGGAGCUUUACCUUAACCUGGAGAUCAAAAGUAGAAAGGACACACCCGGGCGAGCUAACGUCUUGCUGGGAGCGCUAAAGGAUCUUUUGAACACAUUAUUCUGUCACCCAGAUGACCCCAACCUAAUGUGUGCUGUCAAAUUACUCAAGCUGAGCGGUUCCAUUCUGGAUGACGCAUGGAAGGAGAAAGGCCAGUCAGACAUGGAUGAGAUAAUCAAGAAGAUUGAAGAAGUUUUGCUGGAUGUCAAAUGCAGCCGAGAUGUCAAGCAGAUGCUGUUGAAACUGGUGGAGUUACAGUCCAGUAACUGGGGUCGAGUUCAGACAGCAAGUGUGUCCAGUGAUGCUACACCAGACAAUGACCCCAACUACUUUAUGAAUGAACCAACCUUCUACACAGCGGAUGGGACGCCUUUUACAGCAGCAGAUCCUGAAUACUCAGACAAAUAUCAGGAGAUUCUAGACCGAGAAGACUACUUCCCUGAUGCAUAUGAAGAGAAUGGAAAUGAUUUUUUCUGCGGUGAUGAAGACGAAAUGGAUCCGGAGAUCGCCAACAAUUCACUAAAAAUGUUUAUGGUCGUGUGUGUGGAUGAGUCUGUGGACGUGUUGUACUCAGACGGGCGCAGACUGCAGCUCUCUCCCUGCGGAUCUGAGUUCAUGAUGGAGAAACACAUGUCCCCCUCUGCACACCCGCUACAGCCCAGAGAGAGAGUCAGACAGAGAGCAAGAUUCGCCAUCAGCGAGUAUAAGUACAUUAAUGUGAUGUUCAGAUGGCGAUAUGAUGCUGUGAAUCCUGAUUUGCUGGAACAGGAAGGGGAAGUCAUAGCUGAGGUGGUGAAAGUGGUCUGGUGUAAAGGCAUCAUAUACCGUAUAGUAGAUGGAGUGAUACCGAUGGUAGAGAUUUCACCUGGUGAUGGUUCAGUCAUCAGAUCUAAUGGAGUUCUAGCCAAUUACUUCACACAUCACAAAGCUGGAGCUGCUCACAGAGAUGCGGUGGAGUGUGUGUAUUACCUGUGUGGUCUCCCACCUGAUGUGCCAGGUCAGCUGUAUUCUGUCCAGUCUGUUGUCACACGGGCCAGCAGGAUUUUGAAAUGCUUCAUCCAGGCCAGAAGCUCCCUGAGGGCCCCGCUCUCUCUUUACUGCUGGAACGAGGCUGCGGUGUGUGAUUGUGUAUGUGUGGUUCAGGAGGUAAUGGUGGCAGGUACGGGAUAUUUUAAAGCUCUCUCCGAUGGGACUGUCGAGGUCUUGUUUCUGGAUGGAGUUAGAGCGCAGAUGAUGUGGAAGUCCGACACGUAUACACCUGCACAGUGUGGAGAAAUGGAACAGAAACUCAGGGCAGAAACCAGACCAUCUUACAGGUGGUGCCAGCUCAAUUUGCCAGAUGGGCACCAAACUCUUGUCCAAGUUGAGACAGACCAAACUUAUCAAAGGUAUGUGUCGGCAGUAGUGCAGUGGUGUGACUGGGUAAAGCAGACAGAUCAGAGCAUGAGUGCAGUGGGCGUGACUCUCUCAGACUCCGCCCAUUGUGACACACCUCAGCCAAUAACGUACAGGUCUGUUGUUUCUGAACUGGAAAAGAUCAAGAGGUUUAACUUUUUGUUGGAGAACAGCCCCGUCCUGCGUCCGACAGGAAGAUCUUUGAGCUGUGAGCGUUCUUCUGACCGACCUGAGAUCAAACUCACAGAGAACUGCAUCUCUGAGGCUCUGCAGAAAACCUCCAGAGCCAUACAGGACAUUGACACACUCUUAUCAGACAGACGGUAGAACUGAAUGCAGACACGUACAGCUUUCCCCAAAAAAUUGUUUGCUUUUAUGGAACUUAUUCAGUGAAAUGUAAUGAGAUACAUGAGUCUCACUAAACCUGUCAAGAACAUAUCUGGGUCAUAUUUCACACCAAAACAUAGCAAGAAACUGUUUUAUUAUAAAUCAAAUUGAAAAAAAAGUCCAGUUUUUUUUUUUAGGACGUUUAAGCACAUUUAGCCCCAAU